AUGGCAAUAUUUACACUCAAAUUAAACUGGGUUAUACAAAUAUCUAUCUAUCUAUCCAUCUAUCUAUCUCAACUCCGUAUCUAUCUAUCUAUCUAUCUAUCUAUCUUAACUCGUCAUAGCAACCUCUCUUUAUUUAUCUAUCUAUCUAUCUAUCUAUCUAUCUAUCUAUCUAUCUAUCUAUCUAUCUCAGAUUGUUCAUAUCUAUCUAUCUAUCUAUCUAUGUAUCUAUCUAUCUCAGACUGUUCAUAUCUAUCUAUCUAUCUAUCUAUCUAUCUAUCUAUCUAUCACAUACUUCUGUUCAUAUCUAUCUAUCUAUCUCACUCUAUUCAUAUCUAUCUAUAUAUCUCAGUAUGUUCAUAUUUAUCUAUCUAUCUCAGUCUGUUUAUAUCUAUCUAUCUAUCUAUCUAUCUAUCUAUCUAUCUAUCUAUUUUAUGUCUGUUCGUUAUCUAUCUAUCUAUCUAUCUAUUUAUACAUAUACUGAAGUCUGUUCAUCCAUCUAUCUACGUAUCUAUCUAUCUAUCUAUCUUGAUAUCUAUGUUUAUAUUUAUAUAUCUAUAUCAUUUUAUUCAUUAUCUAUCCUGA